CUAAAUUUCUUCUUAUGUAAGAUUUGGGCUUGUGGAGGUGGAGUUUAUGGAUUAAAUGUGUGAAAUCAGGUUAGCAAGGCUCUCCUUGCAGAAUAUAUCACAGUGCAGAAGAGGAAUAGACCAUUUAAAGGACUGGGAUUAGAAUACAUGAACAAAUCUUGCCCUGUCGUUCCAUCUCAGCUCACAAGUUCUACCCUCAGAAGUAGCCAAUUCCAGACUGAUAUAUUCUGCCUGAGGGAGCGAGAUCUAUUGAUCUAUUUUGCUGUUGAGAUAUCACAGCUUUAAGCACAGAGCUUAAGCAAAGAGUAUGCACUUCUUCAGUUAUCAACUUGCAGAAGACUUGGGGAGAGCUUUCUCGGAUCGAGCAAUUUUGCAGACCUUUUUAGAUGCUGAGGUAGCUGUGUCUUCUAGUUUACUUAAGAGCAUGUUAAGUCUGUUAAGAUCCAUGCAUGUCUUGAUUAUCUUGGAAGAAUGUGCUUCCUUCCUCCGAUAUGGUUACUUGUCACCCGACAAUGCUGUUGGAAUUAGGAAAGAAGUAACAAUACUCUGUAGUGAAUUACGACCACAUGCCCUUGCCUUGGUCAGCUCAUUUGGCAUCCCUAACGCAUUUUUUAGCCCAAUUGCUUUCAAUUGGAUCAAUGCAAAUUCUUGGUCGUCGGUUCAGCCCCAACAAGGGGCCACAGUUCCUCUCUAGAUUUAGAUGAAUCAAAACUUAUACUGCCUGUGGCUUUCUAGAUUCACUAUUAUUGUCUAAUAAAGGUGUAGUAGCUAGCUUGCUAUUAAAAUUCUUCAUAAAGGUUGAUAUUUGAUUGCUCCUCAUUAUA